CAACUAUUUGCAUGUAAAUUUGCUUCACAAUUUCUGGAGAGCUUUAACUCCCUCCAAAAAGGCAGCGCGAACUUAAAACGAUCGGAAAGCAAUAUUUUUGCAUUUUUCAUUCAGGCGCACAACAAACAGCUAUUACUACGUGCUGUCGUGAUAUCGGAAAGGAUAAACUUGUUGAUGUUGAGUUGGCACUUUGGCUUUAACGGGAAUUAGUUAUGUCUAUGAUUUACUCUUAAAAGUUUAAGGGGACUGCAAUAUUUAUUUAAUCUAAACAUACUUAACACAUCGUUAAUAGCCACCGGUUUGCGCUCGUGUUUAUGCGGCCAACACGCAACGGAGGAUUCAUUCAGACUUGCUGGAAGCACCAAUGAGACGGGUAACAUGACACUAAGGAGAGUAAACGUGGUCAUUUUGCUGCUCCUGGCUGUGGCCUUCCUGAUCAUUGUUCAAAGAAAUCUCCUGAGCCUCAGUGACCUCUUGCACAAAGAAAACUCAGAUGCUGGACCGAUUCUUCCCUUUGAGGCUGAGUUGUCCCCAAAUAAUAGGCAAGAGUCGGGUAGGAAAGGAGAGGAAAUCCCUGUGCUCAUCACUGCUGCAGAGGACAGACUCGGGGCUGUGGUUGCUGCCAUGAACAGUGUCUAUCAGAAUAGUAAAGCUAAUGUGGUCUUCACUAUUGUAACGCUGAAUGAUACAGUUGAUCACCUAAAGAUGUGGCUGAGUGAGACACACUUAAAAAAUGUCAAACAUAAGAUAGUUAUUUUCAAGUCAGAACUCCUCAAUGGGAAGAUACCGAAAAAUGCUCAGACGGUGGAGGCUACAAAACCAUUGACUUUUGCCAGGUUUUAUCUGCCUUUUUACAUACCUGAUGCAGAGAAGGGCAUCUAUUUGGAUGAUGAUAUCAUCGUACAAGGAGACAUUCAAGAGCUUUAUGAAACCAGCCUCAAACCAGGACACGCAGCUGCCUUCUCUGAUGACUGUGACUCAGCUUCUGCUAAAGGGAUCAUUCGGGGGGCUGGAAACCAGAACAACUAUAUAGGUUUCCUGGACUUCAAGAAAGAUGCUAUAAAGAAACUGGGGAUGAGGGCCAACACAUGCUCUUUCAACCCAGGGGUUAUUAUUGCCAAUCUAACUGAAUGGAGAAACCAAAACAUCACCCAACAGCUGGAGCACUGGAUGGAGCUUAACACUCAGGAGGAUCUGUACAGUAAAACACUUGCAGAAAGCAUCACCACUCCACCACUCCUCAUUGCUUUUUACAAACGUCACUCCUCCAUUGAUCCUUUGUGGCAUGUAAGACACCUUGGCUCUACGGGUGCUGGAAGCCGCUAUUCCUCCCAGUUUGUGAAAGCUGCUAAACUGUUACAUUGGAAUGGACAUUACAAGCCCUGGGGGAGAGCAUCGUCUUUUUCCGAAGUGUGGGACAGGUGGUUCGUUCCUGACCCCACAGGAAAGUUUCAUCCUGUGCGAAGACACACAGACUGAAAAAUGGGUCUCACAGACCUUUGGACGGGCCCAGUCCCAGCGGGAGCACGAAGUGGCUUCUUAUAACUCAGGGACUAAGUAAGGCCUCCUUUUUACGCUUUUUGGUUUGUGUCUUCUGGACAUGUGGCCUUCUUACUCUGACAUUACCUUGAACACAGAUUUGCUUUCUUAGCUCAAAGGGUACGGUUUCCCUGAUAUUUUGAUAAAUUAUUGAAAGCAGACUUUCACAUUCCAACUCCCUUCUCCAUGUUCGACCCAGCAUGUGUAUAUUACAAAUGUGUGCCGAGAUUUUGAUGUACAAUUCAAGCCAUCAUAGUAAUUAUGGCUUUAUUAGAUUACAGGCUGCUAAAUACUGAUACGUUCUUGUAACAUACUAAAGAAUUAUAGUUUAGCUGAGCUGCAGUAGUGUAGCAAUCCCAGUUUAAAUGUGUUCGAUGUCCUCUGAUAAUUUCACUCCACAUUAAUAUGAUGGUGCUUUUUUAUGGUUCAAUACAAACUGUGGGAAAAGUAUUUACUACAUAUACAAUUUAUGUUUGAGUAGUGGUGUAUAUUUCUUGUAGGUUGACCACUAUGAAUUGCAUUACCUACAAACUGUGCUACAACAAGCUGCAACUGUAAAUGAAUACUUGGUGCCUUUCAGCUGUUUUUUUUAAUAUGCAGGCCACUAACAUAACUUCUGCAGAAACUAAACACAUUUGCUGAACUAUCUGAUGCAUUCUGUCAGAGCUUUUCUGUUACAAUGACAAGCAAUUACCUCAAUGUUGUAAAUGUAUUUUGAAAACAAAUGGGGGAAAAAAAAAUCUGUAUAUCUUGGAACAGUGUGAAAAAAUAAAGAUCAUUCAGCCAA